AUGAAUAACACAGAUAUGACGAGUAACUAUACGGCAACAGUGUUUGCCAUAACCAAUACAGUGGCGUAUAUUUGCGGUUUCAUAACACCGAUGAUAAUCGCUUGGGUAGUGGAGGCGGACACACAUAACCCCCGCCACCAGUGGGGGUAUGUCUUCUACAUGAGCGCCGCCAUCAACGCCUUCGGAGGCGUUGUGUUUGUUAUCUUCGGUUCCGCUGAUAGACAGGAGUGGGACAAAGAGACCACUCAUGAGGUGAGCGCCGACACCGGAAAGAUUAUGACAGACAACACAAAUAAAGCGGUCAUUGAAGGUGGUGAUCAGUUCAGUAGUACAAAUGACCAAAAAACUAAGCCACCAACUAUACCGGUGCGGUAUAUGGUGGCCGGUCUCGUGCUGUUUUGCACUUUUAAUCUCUAUAUGUGUCGUAUAAACCUAAGCACAGCAAUUGUGGUGAUGUCUAAGUAUAACAAGUCCAGCGGUUCCGCCGGCAGUGAUAUCUGUGCGACCAGUGUUGACAAAAAUAGCACCAAAAGUCACAACUCGGGAGACUUUGAUUGGGAUGAGAGCACACAGGGAGUCAUUUUGGGCGCAUUUUUCUACGGAUAUCUCGUGUUUCAAGUGCUCGGCGGACGACUGGCCGAGAUUUUCGGCGCCAAAUGGCUGUGCGCUGUCGGCAUCGGUAUGUCGAUUGUGGUCAACGCAUUGACACCAAUCAUUGCCCGAACCAAUAUCUAUUGGCUACUGUUGGCCAGUCGUGUGGUGUUGGGUAUGUUUCAAGCGUUUAUUUUUCCGUCGUGUUACGCCUUGUUCUCCAAGUGGGCACCCGAUCACGAGCGCAGUGAGCCCAAAGAUCAUCCAUGGAUUUCAGAGCACGAACUCAAUUACAUUCACUCAAACAUUGCCGCAAAUAAUACAAGUGUUGACAAUAAAGAUAGACCCAAGCGAUCGGUGCCGUGGCUUAAGAUUUGCACAUCCAAACCUGUUUUGGCCGUAUAUUUAGCCAAAUUUACCAUGAAUUGGAAUUACGUACUGUUUUUAUUGAAACUACCAGCGUACUUUUCAUCUGUUUUUAAAUAUCCUGUCGAUAAAGGAAUGUUAUUGUUUGGCGUAUCGGCCGGGGGUGAGAUUGCAGUGGUGGCCGACAUGACAAACAACUUUACGGCCACAGUAUUUGCAAUCGGGAAUACCAUAGCGUUUACAACCGGUGUUAUAACACCACUCGUUGUCGGGUAUAUACUGGACGCCAGCGAUCAGACCCGACGGCAAUGGAGUUAUAUCUUCUAUAUGUCCGGCGCCUUAAAUAUAUUGGGAGGACUUGUGUUCGCCAUUUUUGGAUCAGCACAACGACAGGAUUGGGAUAUGGAUGAGGUUAUUGAGACGGAUGAACGCUCUAUAACCAGAAGUUAA